ACACUUUAAAUUCACCCUUUACGUUUAUUCUGAACAAUUCUUUGUAUACGCUGGAAUCUGGAAAACCCAAAUUUCUGCAUUAAAAUGUCAGCGUAAUUAUAAAUAAAUAUAUACUUAGUAAAACGAAAAGUACACGUAUAGAAAAGUCUACCUAAAAUGGACAGCAUUCAACAAGCCGCUGCGUUAGAAAAAUGGGGAUUCACAUUGCCGGAAUUAUAUCGAUUGGCGCUGGGUUUCUACAAACAGAAUACUGGCAAAGCAAUACACUUAUCCUAUGAGGAUAAUUUAAAAUUAAUAGCUUUUAAGCAGCAAGCCACAAUGGGUCCCUACGAUGCCAACAGUGCACCCGAAUUGGGCGUGCUCGAUGUUAUUGGACGUGAUCGGCGUAUGCACUGGCAACUCUUGGGUGAUAUCAACCGGGAACAAGCAAUGGAGGGAUUCAUCGAUUUGUUGGAUAAUAUGUGUACCGCUUUCCGACCUUAUGUGGAGGCCGUUAAACAGAAUCGCGAUGAGACGUUAAAGCAAGAGCUACGCCGAAUGGAGGAAGAGAAGUUGGAAAAAGAAAAGCGUGAACGUGAACAGAAAGAGUUGCUGGAAGAGGGUUACAAAGAUGAAUUACAACGACGGAAACUACAAGAUGCGUUAAAUAAACAAACAUUUCAGCAGUUUAAGAGUUACGCUGAAGUUCAGUUUCCUGGUAAUCCUGAGCAACAGGGUGUACUCAUACGACAGCUACAGGACGAACAUUACCAUCAGUAUAUGCAACAACUGCAUAUGCAUAAUAAAGCACACAUUGAAUUGGGCGAAGAAGCCACGAAGCAGUUGCCAAACGAAACAAUUGACACUGCAAGUGUGCUGGAGGACUGUAAGAAUGAGGAGCAGCAACAAGACGAUGGCAGUCAGGAUGAAUUCAUAAUAUUAGAACCAGCUAAAAUGUGGACGCGGCCAGACAUCGAAGAAUUUAAGGCUGACGUGUCACAAGGUGAAGGCGAUGGUGUACUACAUUUAGAUCACGGCGAAGUAGUAACGGUACGCGUACCAACAAUGGUAAAUGGGAAGAGCAUAUUCUGGGAAUUCGCCAGUGAUAAUUACGACAUUGGCUUUGGACUAUUUUUUGAAUGGAGCAAACCCACAACAACGGAAGUAGUUGUGCAUGAGACAGACAGUGAAACCGGUGACUUUGAUAACGAUGACGAUAUACAAUCAAUAAAUGAAGAUCUUGAAAGUGGUUCCGCAAAAAUCGAACAAGAAUCACUGGAUGAAGGCAGCACCUCGAAGCCAUACGUUUCGAUAAUAGUGCCCGUGUAUCGUCGCGAUUGUUAUAACGAAGUUUACGUGGGCUCGCAUACGUAUCCAGGCGAGGGCGUAUACUUGCUGAAAUUCAGCAACAGUUAUAGUUUUUUCCGUUCGAAAACAAUCUACUAUCGCAUAUAUUACGAACACUAGACUUAAUUAAAUGGUAAUUUAACUGGCCAUGUACCUGUGCCGAAUUGAAUAACUGUUUUUCAAAUUUAAAUAAAUUUA